UUGUUCAGCCAUGUUGGUUUCUUCUGUUCACAAACGAUGAGAGUGGAGCGUCAUGGCUUUGUCACUGAGCGGAGACGAUGAAGAAUAUGAGUCAGAGUCUGAACAGCAGCGAGCAGCAGUCAACCGGCCAAAGCCCAAGAUGGGGACGACAUCGGGCGUUAAGCUGCCGUCCAAUCGCAGCUCGUCCGGCGCCAGGCGCAGGAGGACGCGCUGCAGGAAGUGCGAGGCGUGCCUCCGGACCGAGUGUGGAGAGUGUCACUUCUGUAAAGACAUGAAGAAGUUUGGAGGACCGGGGCGCAUGAAGCAGUCCUGCAUAAUGAGACAGUGCAUCGCGCCCGUUCUGCCCCACACAGCGGUGUGUGUGGUGUGUAAGGAGGCGGGGAAGGAGGACACGCUGGAGAGCGACGAAGACAAGUUCAACUUCAUGCUCAUGGAGUGCUCCAUCUGCAACGAGAUCGUUCACCCCAACUGCCUCAAGGUCAGCGACGCCUCAGGAGUGGUGAACGACGAACUCCCUAACUGCUGGGAGUGUCCCAAAUGCAACCAUGCUGGGAAGAGUGGGAAAUCCCCCUUGGUAUUGAAGCAAAAAAGGGGUCCCGGGUUCAAAUACGCCUCCAACCUCCCUGGCUCUUUGCUGAGGGAACAGAAGCCGGUGAAGGAGGAGGGGGACAUCUCUGCCGUGACGAAGAGGAGGCCGGACAGAGAGGAGACCCCCAGGUUCAGGGCCGAGGAGGCUCUCCACCGUCAGCCGCCGCUGCUGUCCCCCAGUGGCCAGCCACGGCCCAGACCUGAGGACAAGCUGAGGAAGAAGAGGAAGCUGUUUGACGAUGAGGAUGAGGAGGAUCUUUCUAUGAGGAAAAAGGAAAAGAUGGAUGACUCUUAUUUUUCCAAACUUGCAUCUCAGAUUAAAACAGAAAGGGAGGAUGAGGAUGUGUACGGGGAAGACGACGAAGACGAAAAGGAGCUUCACUUCCGGAGCAGUGUGGACAGAAGAGACACUGAAGAGGACUUCAAGAACGACCCUUUGAAUCCUUCCAUUAGGACGCCGGUCGGGGACAGCGACCAGUCUUACUGCAGCUCCCCGCAGGCCGGCCCCAGCAGUGAGGGGGGCAGUGAGACGCAGGAGAGGGGGCCCCGUCCCAAAGCUCGCCGUAAGCGCCACUUACCCAACAACAGAGAGCUGAGUCGAGAACUGAGCAAAGCACUGAACCAGGAAAUCCAAAAGACCGAGGACUGCCUGGCUAUAGAGAACCGGCAGCCCCUCAAGGCCGAACCGGAAACGGAGAACGAGGAACCGAGGAGGCUGUUCCGCAACGGUAACGAACUGGGCGAUCAGAGGACUCACCUGAAGGCCAAAGAGAUGAACGGGACUAACUGGGAGCUGCGCCACUUUUACCAGAGUCCCAUCACUCCGCUGGGCUUCAACCGGAGCGCCCCCACCACUCGGCCCGUGCCCCCACGCUCCCCUCCCAAGUGCGUGCAAAUGGAGCGGCACGUCAUUCGGCCCCCUCCCAUAAGCCCCCCUCCCGACAGACUGCCCCUCAAAGAUGGCAAAGCGCACGUUUUACAGCGCGAGGUCUGGAUGAAGAUAUUCAGUUACCUCUCACACCCAGAGCUGUGUGUCUGCAUGAGAGUCUGUAAGACGUGGAACAGAUGGUGUUGUGAUAAGAGACUCUGGACAAAGAUCGAUCUGAAUCGCUGCACCUCCAUCACCCCACUCAUGCUAAGUGGGAUUAUCCGCAGGCAGCCCGUCUGCUUGGACCUCAGCUGGACCAACAUUUCCAAAAAACAACUCAGCUGGCUUAUUAAUAGGCUACCAGGUCUGCGAGUACUGAAGCUGUCAGGAUGUUCCUGGGCUGCUGUCUCUGCUCUCUGCACCUCCAGCUGCCCUCUGCUGCGCACCCUGGAUGUGCAGUGGGUGGAGGGACUCAAAGAUGCACAGAUGAGGGACCUGCUGUCACCACCCACAGACAACAGACCAGGUCAGCUGGAUAACCGCUGCAAGUUGAGGAACGUGGAGGACCUGCGGCUGGCGGGACUGGACAUCACCGACACGUCCUUGCGUCUCAUCAGUCGACAGAUGCCUUUGCUGUCGCGGCUGGACCUGAGCUACUGCAACCACAUCAACGACCAGUCAGUCAACCUGCUGACGGCAAAAGGAACAACCACCAGAGACUCGCUCACAGAUAUCAACCUGUCAGUCUGCAACAGAGUCACAGAUUAUUCCCUGAACUUUUUCAAGCGCUGCGGGAGCAUCUGUCAGAUCGACCUUCGCUACUGCAAGCAGGUGACGAAGACGGGCUGUGAAAGGUUCAUUGCAGAAAUGUCUGUGAGCGUACCGUUCAAACUGAAGGAGGACAAACUGCUGCAGAAGACCAGCUAGUGGCUAACGAGACACAUUAACAGACUGUCUUUGCACUUAAAGGAAGUGGUCCUGCGAUGAGUCUCUGAAUCACUCGUCAUAAACUGAAGAAGCAGACGUUUCUGGAGAGAUUCGUUCACUUAUGAGAGGCGAUCAAUGUUCACUGGACAGAAAGAGGAAAUGGGUUGCAUGUAUUUCUGUUGAAACCGUACUUUUAUAAAGAUGUGGUCGUAACUGUUGAGUUAUGUUUAUUCUUUUAAAUUUUAAAUAAUAUUUUUGUACAAGCAUCAUUCGAAAGCUUUUUGUUUUCGCCUCAGGAGCUAAAUGUAGACUUUACAGCAUGAGAAACAAAAAUAUCUUUUACUUUGUUUUAUUAUUUUUUUGUUUUGUUUUGCUGUUUUAACUGCGUGCCAAAAUCUGCAUCGAACAUUGUCACUUCAGUAUCAGAUCACACAAACACGACCCUGCAUGUGCUGUGGUUUUAUUCUAUCAUUUUUUUAAAAUACUCAGUAUAAUUCAGUGAUAAUGAAAUGAUUUCAUAUUACUGUUACAAGGUUGUUUUACUUUUUUUUUUACUUUUACUUUUGACUGUUUAGUUUAAUAUGGUUUGCAUCAAUAUUUCAACAUUAAUUUAUUGAUUUUUGGUGUUUUUAAUAGUUUGUAUUUAUUCAUUUAUUCAGUAACUUGACGUAGGUGUCUUACAUGGUUGAGUCAAAUAAUGCCUGUGAAUAAUUUAUCGGGGAGGGUUCAAAACCCAAGUCAGUCGCAAGACAUUGCAGCAGAUUGUAAUACUGACUUUUUUUAUACACAUCUGGUUAUCUAUACUGGCAUCUUUGACCUUUUCAAAUAUUUACGUAAAUUUAAACAUAUACAUCAUUUAUUAGGUGUUGUAUUAUGAAUAUUGUGAUGUAAUCUAUUCCCUCAGGUGAAUGUGAUGUUUAUAUUUGUAAAAAAAAAUCCAAAAAUUAAGUGCUAAUUUGCAUAAAAAAAACUUCAUUUAUAUCAUUGGGUUUCAGUAAACUGUCUGAACAAAACUCUUCAGUAGUGUGUAACUCAGAGAUAAAGAGUGACCAGUUGUGGAUUUCAGUUCAUUCACAGCAGUGGGUUUAUCAGUCCACUGCUUCGGUCAAGACUUAAAUAUUUCCUAACGUGGCACUUUUUAUAAAGCAUCAGUCAUUGGAAACAAAUCUUUCCUAUUCUAUAACCACUACAGCAGCUGAACAGUCGCAAAGCAAGACGUGUCAGAGGAAGUCCAAUUAAAGUCCCUGGACAAGUACAACUUGAACAUUUUAGAGCCUGGUUGACAGAAAAUAAACGUUUGCAAUAACUGCA